AUGGAUUCAGAUGGUGAGAAACUCGGCCCCAAUUCUAAUAACGAGCGCGCACCGUCAGGGAGAGUUAUGCCUCCUAACACGAUAGAGCACCUGAUAGCACUCUUAAAAGAAUACUUGAGCUGCUCAAUCUUCAGAUGGUCCGGAAAGUACUACGCUCAAAUAAGAGGGUUGGCAAUGGGACAACGACUGGCUCCAAGCCUUGCCAUUGCAUUUAUGUCUAAGGUGGAAGCACCGGUGACUGAUCUCGGGCCGCUACUCUACUGUAGAUUCGCUCAUAUCUACCUGGGACAAUGGGUCAAAGCAGCGAACUACGCGAAACGACUAGUAAACGAGUCAAAGUGGUCAAAAUGCAUCUACACUUAUCUGUUGUGCAUCCUCAUUGCAGCCGACACCACUUACGAUGAUGCAAAGAGGAUGGGGACGGUAACUGCACUGGCUCGGAAAGUUGACGGUCUUCGCCAUCGAAUCGCCGGUAAACCGAUUCCGGUCGAAAAGUACUGUGCGAGGAAAGCGAAUCGCUUCAUUGCCAAACAGACACUAAUGUUCGCUCAUUACUGGAAUCCAGUGAUGUGGAGCACCGUUCGACUGAUGAAUCCUCACUCACCAGGUGAUCUUUAUAUAGAUGGUUCUCAAUCUAUUCCCAACGGAUGUGAGGAUCCACAUCGCGAGGAGGGCGGGCUGUGGGCGAUCGACUAA